GGGAUUAUAAUAGAUGGCGGCACAAGAGAAGGUCGUAGGCGUUGAUGGUCUGUGGUCGUGAGCACUGAGCCACAAAUGUGCAGUGCAGUGAGGAGUGAGUGAGCCAAGCUGUAGUGAGCGUGCCAAGCUGUAGUGAGCGUCAUGAUUCGUGAGGGAGAAUCCGACGUCUUUGAUUGUAAUGUGAUUGUAUUUAUUUCAUGAAUCAUGCUAAAAUGAUGUAUUAAACAAACCAAACAGCCAAACGUGUUCAGAAACUGAAGUUUAAACUUGGAUGGCAUAACCUCUGAGAACUACUUUUUUAAACAAAAAUGUAACAUAUUCAUGCAAGGAUAAGAAAGUAUCACAAGAGAAUAAAAGUUACAGAUUAUUGAAUUUACUCUGGGACCAUGCAUUGAGAAUUUAGAAUACAGUCGAGAAAUUUAAUCAAAAGUCUACAUCAACCAAAAGCAUGAUGUACGAAAGAUACCAGCUUUUCACACAAUGUAAAAGUGACAAGCAAACUGUGUACUACAACAGAGCGCAAAAUACUUUCCGCGUCCUGUGAAUUUAAAAUGUUGACUGACAGUUUAAUUAAAGGUAGACUAAUUUUAGGUGCUGACCAACUUCUUUGGUAACCAAAACUUGCAUUGGAGCAAGCGAUGGAACGUUGUUUUAUUGUACAGAUUACACAAAAACAAAUGCAAACAAUGACAGGCGAGCUAGGGGCAGAGGUCAACUGGAUGAAAAAGAUACAAGGAGAGUACACGGAAGGCAACCGCAAUCUAGCUGGACUACUGCCACAACACUCAGUCAACCGACUUGACGGGUCAGUGGGGAAACCACAGAAUACAAGUCAGUCGACUAUAUUUUGUAGUCUUAAAAGGAUAGAACUAAAGGUUGAGAAAAACAAAUUGCAUCUAGAAGAAAUUCUAAGACACCUUGAUCACCAAGCUGGAGGAAUUCAAAAAACUAGGAGGCCGUUGGGUUGGCCUAGCAAUUUUCCUUUGGAAAAUGACGAUUGUUUUCAAGAAUGGGAGAAAUUCUUAUGUAAUGAAAAAAAUUUCGAUUAUGCGGUCAGUUACUUUAGUUUUGUUUCCAAUUGUAGUCCUUCUGAAAAUGUCAGGAACUUUUUGUCAAAGGUCUUGACCAAUAAAUUUGCGCAACAUUUCAACUGGGUGGGGCAUGGAGAGAAGAGAGCAUUCAGAAAUACUCUUACAAAAAAAUUGUUAUAUGCAUACCCUAGAACUCCUUCAAACAGCCAUGAGGAGAAAUCAAUGGACGAAGCGACAAAAAAUUGGUUGAAAUUGGCUAAAGCCAGAUCAAAUUAUACAAAAAGAGCUAUGAAAUAAUUUCAAAUUAAUAUCUUCAAGUUUAUUUAAGUACAUAUACUUAUCUUCAUUGUUCAUAUUUUAUUUAUAAGUACUAUGUAGUUUUGUUAUCUGUUGUCUAAUUAAAAA